AUGCAAACCUUCGUCAGCGUUUUAUUUUCCUUUGUCUUGGCUUCCAGUGCAGGACUGUCCAAAAUCCGAUAUUCGAUUCCUGAGGAAAUGGAAGAAGGGUCUAUUGUUGCCAACUUUGCACAAGAUGUGGGGAUUGAUCCUGAAAGCCUUUUGAAACGAGAUCUCCGGAUUGCUCUGGGUCCGGGUAAGCAGUAUAUUAAGGUUAAUAAAGACAGUGGCAAACUGUACAUUAAUGAGAAAAUGGAUAGGGAGGAGAUAUGUGAAUCAAAUGCAAACUGCUUUCUGUAUAUGGAGGUAAUUAUCGAAAAUCCUUUUAAAAUAUACAGUGUUGAAAUAGAGAUAACUGAUAUUAAUGACAAUACGCCGAGAUUUCCAAAGAACGUGAUGGAGCUUGAAAUUUCGGAGUCGGCUCUACCAGGAGAAUGGUUUUCUUUAGACAAAGCAGUUGACCCAGAUGUUGGAAUAAACAGUGUCCGCUCUUACAACCUAAGCGAAAAUGACUAUUUUGACAUAGAAGUGAAGUCCCUAAUGGAUGGAUACAAAUUCGCAAAUCUCGUUUUAAAAAAGGCUUUGGACCGGGAGAAACAGCCAGUGCAUCAUUUAUUACUGACCGCUAUAGAUGGGGGAGCCCCCGCAAAGUCCGGCACUGCCAGCAUCACUGUCCGCGUUUUGGAUGUCAAUGACAACGCCCCUCAGUUUGAUCAGGAAAUCUUCACUGUUAAUAUAACAGAAAAUCCACAAAUAGGCAGCCUUGUGAUUAAGCUGAAAGCCACAGAUCUAGAUGAUGGCACCAAUGCAGAAAUAGUGUAUUCAUUCAGCAGGUACAUGUCAGGGAGAGCACUGGAAAAGUUCAACCUGGAUUACAAAAACGGAGAAAUAAGGGUUAAAGGAAAAAUAGACUUUGAAGAAUUCAAAGCUUACGAGCUUUACGUUGAAGCUAAGAAUAAGGGUCUAGUAUCGUUAACAGGUCACUGUAAAGUGGUCAUUCAAGUAAUUGACAUGAAUGAUAAUUCACCCGAAAUCAUUGUUACGUCUUUCAAGAGUCCAGUCUUAGAGAAUAUUCCAGUCGGGACGGUAAUUGCUCUUUUUAGCGUCACGGAUUCAGACUCCGGUAAUAACGGAAAGGUUGACUGUUACAUUUCCCAAUUCAAAGAAUUUGAACUCCAACAGUCCUUAGAAAAUUAUUACGCUCUGGUGACGCACGAACCUCUGGAUCGGGAAACUGUCCCCGAGUACAACAUCACUAUUUCAGUGCGAGACAGGGGGGUUCCCUCUCUGUCGAACAACCACACGAUAACCUUGGAGCUCCUGGACAUCAACGAUAACCCUCCCACAUUUGAAGACUCUUCCUAUACCAUUUCGAUAGUGGAAAACAAUGUGCAAGGUGCUCUGUUAAGAUCCAUAGUAGCUUUUGAUCCCGAUUUAAAUCAAAACAAGCAGGUUACAUAUUUGAUGCUGGAAAACAGACAUCUAAAUAAUUCGGUGUCUAAAUACUUUUCCGUUAAUCCAGAGAACGGCAAUAUUUAUGCACUCCAGACCUUUGAUUAUGAAACCGAAAAGGAGUUCCUUUUUCACAUUGAGGCUGUGGACGCCGGUGUUCCACCUUUGAGGAGUAACGUAACUGUCAGUAUAAUCGUUCUCGAUCAGAAUGACAACAGUCCAGUUAUUGUUUCUCCAUGGCGCGCACAGGGAUCUGUAGCUGAAGAACUGAUCCCGAGAUCUACUGAUAAAGGAUACCUGGUGACAAAAGUGAUCGCCAUUGACGCAGAUUCCAUACAAAACGCUCGCAUUACAUACCAGUUUCUGCAACUUACUGACUCCAGUUUAUUCAGUCUGGACCAAUACAAUGGAGAAAUCCGGACUAUGAGAAUGUUCAGUCAAAGAGAUUCUCGCAAACAAAGGCUGGUAGUUCUAGCGAAGGACAAUGGGGAACCUGCCCUCUCUUCUACAGUUACAAGUUAUCAACAGUUGAACCUGUUGUGA